GGUGGUGGAAGCACUAUGGUUUCUUCAACUAUGACAUCACAACAAAGUGCUAGCACCUUAGAGAAACAGCCUCUAAUUCCGGACUCAAAGAAUGAAAAGCCUAAGUUUAUAGCUCCAAAGCGAACAAUUCCUCCUCAACUUGGUGCACAAAAAGAGCCUCAAAAGGACCCUCCGUCCAGUAGUACCCUCUUAAUACCAGAGGCUCAAACCAAUCGGCCUAAAGGAAAGACAGUAACACUUGCUCCUGCUUCACUAGUUAUGCCACCUGCUAAUAAUCAAGAUGAGGAUAGGCAAGGAAUAAAUCAGGAUUCUGGAGUUGGUCAGUCAUUGAUUCACAUACUACCUGGUUCUACAGGAUCCUCUACUGCUUAUUGUAGCUUGACAGCUGGAAACAAAAGUGAGGGCGAACAGAAGGACAAUGAAAAAGAUGCGAUAUGAUU